UAAGGAAGUUUGAAAUUUGUAGGAAAAAAGUGAUGGAGUGCUAAAUUUCAUGAAGAACCGAAGUGAAUGGUCUAAUAAAUUUGACCAAGUCUUGUACUUCCCUUCAAAUCUUCAUAUAAAUACAUCAACCCUUAACAAUUUCUUCCAUCAACAUUAUUUACUCCUCAUCAAGAUUUAAAGAUGGCUGAGAAUGGCGAAGAAGGUCAAGAAAAUCGUCCAGUUCCCCGUUUGAAUGAAAGGAUUCUUUCGUCUUUGUCAAGGAGAUCAGUAGCUGCGCAUCCUUGGCAUGAUCUUGAAAUUGGACCGGAGGCUCCUCAGAUUUUCAACUGUGUUGUGGAGAUCACUAAAGGAAGCAAGGUCAAGUAUGAACUUGACAAAAAGACUGGAUUAAUUAAGGUUGAUCGGAUUCUGUAUUCAUCUGUUGUUUAUCCUCAUAACUACGGUUUUAUCCCUCGCACACUGUGUGAAGACAAUGACCCAAUGGAUGUCUUGGUCCUCAUGCAGGAACCAGUACUUCCUGGUUGUUUCCUGCGAGCCAGGGCCAUUGGAAUCAUGCCCAUGAUUGACCAGGGAGAGAAAGAUGAUAAAAUUAUUGCAGUGUGCGCUGAUGACCCAGAAUAUAAGCACUUUACCGACUAUAAAGAACUUGCACCUCACCGCAUCUCUGAGAUCCGACGCUUCUUUGAAGACUACAAAAAGAAUGAGCACAAGGAAGUAGCAGUUAAUGACUUUCUACCUGCAAGCGUUGCUGUUGAUGCCAUCCAGUACUCAAUGGAUCUCUAUGCAGAGUAUAUUCUGCACACCUUGAGGCGAUAGACAAUUAUGUUACUCUACGUUCUCCAUCAACAAUCGGAAUAAGCCAUAAUAUACUGUUAUUUUAAUAUAUCCUAAUCAAAACCUGUCUAUACCUUUUAGUUUUCGUAUUUGGCCGGAUAAUAAACAACCUGUUUGGUUUAUUAGCCGUGCUUAAUGUAUGUAAGUCUUGUAAAAUAAUCAAAAUUGAAGUGAUUUAACUAUGUUUA